UCUCCGCCAUAUUGGAUUCGAUUUGAUUGUGAAAAAAUGUCCCUUGACGGGCAAUCUCUUCCUCAAAUUCAAGUAGAGAAUGUUAUAGAUUAUCAUAACAUAUUCCAUGUCAACUUAGAUCCAAGUCUACAAAUUCAAGGUCUUCACAGCUUACAAACUCUUCCAGAUGGCACGACUGUGGCCUUCAUUGACCCUUCGUUAUUUGAUUCCUCUCAAAUAUUUGACAGUGGGUCCAUUGAAGUUCACCAGACUUUACCGGAUGGAACUUUGGACUUACAGAAUUGUCACCAAGUUGUCUUGGAGCAGCCUACCAUUAUUGAACAGAUUGGUGAACAAUCGUCACUGCAGUCUCUUGAUGUCAAGCCUCCUAUAGGAAAGGGUCCAUUUAACUGCAGUCUUUGUGAUAAAAUCUUCACUAAGUGGAACCAGUUGCAGAGACAUCUGAAGACACAUGAUGAAGACAAACCAUUUAGGUGCAGCCAGUGUGGCGUCUCAUUUAACAUUGAAGAGAACCUCUUACUCCACAUGGCCACCCAUGUUGGCCCAGACAAAGAACCCAUUUGCCCAGAGUGCGGUAAAAAGUUCUCUCGUGUGGCCAGCCUUAAGGCCCACAUUAUGAUGCAUGAGAGGGAGGAGAGCCUGAUGUGUCCAGAGUGUGGGGAUGAGUUCAGCUUGCAGCAUCAGUUGGACAAACAUAUGUUGGAACAUAGACAAGAAGGCAUGCGGGUGUACCAGUGUCGGCAGUGCAACCAAGAGUACAGCAAGAUGUCAGCAUUGAAAGAACACAUGAAGCAACACUACAGAGUCAAAGCAUCAUUGCAUCACAGAAAUUACAAGAGAAAUGUAGACAGGUCAGGAUAUAGCUAUAAGUGUCGCACAUGUCAGAAAACUUUCCAGAAACCCAGCCAAUUAGAGCGUCACGAGAGAAUUCAUACAGGUGAACGUCCCUUCAAGUGUAACACUUGUGACAGAUCUUUCAACCAAAAAGGUGCACUCCAAAUGCACAUGACCAAACAUACUGGUGCAAGGCCACACACCUGUACUUUUUGUCCCAUGACCUUUGCACAGAAGGGAAAUUUAAGGUCCCACAUCCAGAAAGUUCACACGCUAAACAAAGAUGAACAUGGAAUGGUUUUUGAAUGUGCUGAGUGCAGCUGUAUGUUCCGCAGGCUGGGCUCUCUGAAUGCUCAUAUCAGCAGAGUUCAUGCCGAUCCAGGUGAUUCAAAUCAAGCCACAGUCCAGGACAUCAAGGUGCCUCUGCAGUCGCACUCACUACACCACUUGCAAGACAUCAGUGACUCCUCUAUGAUGCAGGAGGUCCUGGGUUUGGAUCAAGCAGGUCUUAAUGGUGGUUCACUGGUGGAUUCACAUGGUAUUCAUGGGUCACUGGAUCAGGGAGCUUCAGAUAUUUUACAGCAAGCGUUGGAGAACAGUGGUCUCCAGAAUACGGUGGAGGAUGACCAUGACACUGAUAAAGAAGGAUCCGGCUUGGUUAACAUGACAUCCUCCAGGUCUGGCCUCCCUGGGACAGGUGGUCUUCGAUCUGGUGGACAUUUGACCAGGUUGGGGACCAUGACCAUUCAGGAUUCAGCCACAGGUCUGCUGAAGAGGCAUUACAUUAGAAAGGUAAACGGCAUCCGGUGGCACCAAUGUACUUACUGCAGUAAAGAGUUUAAGAAGCCCAGUGACCUUGUUCGCCACAUACGCAUCCACACCCACGAGAAGCCCUACAAGUGUACACAGUGUUUCCGUGCCUUUGCUGUGAAGAGCACCCUGACAGCACACAUCAAGACUCACACGGGGGUCAAAGAGUUCAGGUGUGAGGUGUGCAGCAAAAUGUUUUCUACACAAGGCAGCCUCAAAGUUCACUUACGUUUACACACAGGUGCUAAACCAUUCGCUUGCACUCAGUGUGAUAAAAAAUUCCGCACUUCUGCUCAUUGCAAGUCACACAUACAGUCACACUUUAAAGAUGUAGACAUAGCCCCUCGGCCUCGCCGAUCGUUCAAAAGAGAGGCACGCAAUGAUUCUUUAUUGUCAGACAUUCCUCUCCAGGAGCCUAUUCUUAUUACAGAUUCAGGUUUGAUCCAACAAGCCCCGAGAAACUCCAUGUUUCCACCAUUUACGAGUGAGAGUGGCCAUCCUGACAGACCAUACAAGUGCCAUCAUUGCCGUCGAGGAUUCAAAAAGUCCAGUCACUUAAAGCAACAUGUUCGGUCACAUACAGGUGAAAAACCUUACCGGUGCAAUCUUUGCCAAAGGUCGUUUGUUUCCAGCGGAGUGCUUAAAGCCCAUUCCCGCACCCACUCUGGUGAGAAAUCUUACAAAUGUGUAGUCUGUGAUGCCAUGUUCACAACGGGCGGCAGCCUCAAACGACACAUGUCUACACACAGUGAAGUCCGCCCGUUCAUGUGCCCCUAUUGCCAGAAGACUUUCAAGACAUCUGUGAAUUGUAAAAAGCACAUGAAGACACACAGGCAUGAACUCGCCAUGCAGCACUAUCAAACUGUGAAGGAAGGGGAGGGAACUGUCACCAUUGGAGAUGGAGCAGACGUGAAAGACGAUGAUGAGGCUGAGAUUGUGGAGGAAGAUGGACUGACUGGUGCACAGGCCCUGGCAGACCUGGAUGUGCUCCAGGAGCAUGAGAUUGGUCACACUACAACUGUUACACAGCCUGACCUCCAGUCUGUGGAUUUGGGUCACCCUGACCUGCAGACAGGGGGAGUGAGUGGUGAGACCAUGUCAAUAGACUCAAGCCUGCAACAGAUGCUAGGCUCCCACUUUACUCUGGUCAACCAGCAGCCAUUUGUCCAGCUGACCACACAGAGCAACCAGCCCACCAUGCAAGAGGAGAAAAUGAACAGAGAGUCUGAUGGUGCUAUCCCUAGGGUGACAGUACACUUGGAAAGCCAAAUGAACCCACUAGUCAACUCUUCAUUGGCUCAGCCUAUGAGCGGUUCCACUGCAACACAGUUUACAUAUCAGCCAAGGAACUGGAAAAAUAAUAUAACUGAUGAAAUGUCCCUAAAGUUUGACCAGCAACAGCAGAUUUUUAUCACCGAUGAGGUACCUAACAGCCAAAUGGAACAAUUGGAAGAGGAAUUACAUGAGGCUGAAGAUGCCAACUGCCUGGUUCAGUCAAGUGUCAGAGUGAUACAACCAGAGGUGACCCAUAAUGUUUCCACCAAUAACAGUCGCAGGGGCCACCGCUGCUACAUCUGCAAUAAAAUCUUCAAGCAGGCCAUGCAUCUGACCCAACAUAUGAAAAAACACAGCGCAGACAAGUCAUUCCAGUGUACAGAAUGCUCCAAGUCCUUUGGCUCUGCCUUGGUCUUCAAGAACCACAUGCGCUCCAGCCAUCCUGAGAUCCAGCAGGCCUCACAACAGCUGAAUCUUCACCUGUGUCCAAUCUGUGAUACUGCUUACCCCACCAGUGUGGCUCUCCGUAAACACAGUCAGCAGCACCAUAACUCCACGCCCAUUGAAUACAUCUGUGGCAUGUGUAAUUCACAAUUCAAAACCGCUCUAAUACUAAAGCGACAUUUAAAAGAGUGUCAAGGUGAUGUUGUGCCUACUCAGCACUUUGUUAUACCCAUCAAAACUAAUGACGAGAAUCGGGCUCCCAGAAGAGGGCCCAAGAAGAAAUCUCUGGCCCAGCAUCAGUUCUCAGACGAGCAAGUCUCCAUCUCAGAGAAGAUCUACAUGGACUCAACAGCAGAAAAAGAUCGCAUCAGUGUCCCUAAGGACCUCCAGAAUCAGGUCAUACGCCGCGGGCGCUUCGCUAACAUGUGCAGUCAUUGCCCCAAGAGUUUCAAGAAGCCUAGCGAUCUUCAGAGGCACUUACGAAUACAUACUGGGGAGAAACCUUUUUCCUGUGAGAUUUGUCAUCGAUCCUUCACAGUGAAGUCCACUUUGGACUCACACGUAAGGACACAUAAAGCAGCGGAGAAAUCUUUCCUGUGCCAUGUGUGCAACUCUUUGUUUUCAACCAAAGGCAGUCUCAAAGUUCACAUGCGGCUGCACACAGGAGCAAAACCAUUCAAAUGCAUGCACUGUGAUCUGAAGUUCAGAACCUCUGGUCACAGGAAGAGUCAUGUGGCAUCCCAUUUCAAAGCUGAUGGUGUCACUAACAGUAAGAAAAAGUCCAAGUCUAGUACUCAGCCUUUACUGAACUCCUCCCAGAGUGACAACUUGCAGCCUUUAUUUUUAAUCACCCAGACUCCCAACUCUGUGCAGAACACAGCUUUGAACAACCAGCGAAUAGUGGGCAUGAAUCAAUCACUUCCUCCUCAGAUAGUGUCUGUAGAGUCAUUACAAGGUGGUCAGGUGAUCAGCGUGGACCAAUCCAUGCUUCAGAAUUCAGGAAUGAUGCCUGUUCAACUAGCUGUCAGUGACAACUGUAAUGAUGGGUCAACGCUACCGUCUCAGGUUCUACAAGGGCUGGACGGUGCCAUCCAGCUUCACAUCACAGCACCACUGGGUCAGUUGACCCAAGGCUUCCAGUUGACCAGCCUGGACCCUACAUUAUUGCAACAGGUUCACAUUGACUCGUCAGUCCUACAACAGCUCCAGCAAGGAGGCUUCAUCACUAUCAACCCAGCAGGCAUCCAGCCCACAUUGACGGCUGACCUCUCCCAGCAAGUGGGCUCAGAAAUGACUCAUGGUGUGGUGGUCCCAUCCUCCUUGGGGGUUCAAGACACUCUGAUUGGUCAGGGCUUAUCUGCAGAGACAAUGAUUGGCCAACAUGGCAUGCAGGAGUCAGAGGUGAACCAGGCAGCUGAACUUAUGGGACAGACCAUUGUCGUGUCUGAGGCUCUUAUGGCCCAGAUCAGAAACUCUGAGGCUUUGAUGGUGCAUGGAGUCCAAGCAAGAAAUUCCACCGCCAACCAACAGGUGGACAUCAAACCAUUCCAUAUUCACCCUAAUAAUAAGGGUCUGGUAUCUCAUGGUCUAUCAGAUGCACUCUUGAGUCAGCCAUCCAGCAGACUGCAUGUGUCCUCAGGUGUCACAGAUUCUCUGAUCUGUCAGUCAGUUCACCCAUCCCAGGACAGCUUUCUACCUCAAGGUGCCGUGCAUGUGUCAGACCCUAUGAUUGGCCAGGACAGACUGAUGAACUCUGGCUUGUCAGACGGGUGUCAGGUCUCUUACAGUGAUAGCAUGAUUGGAUCAGGAGUGGAUCAUGGGCUCAUGCAGGGCCUUCAGUUACAGCCUAAUUCAUUAAAUGACUCUGUCCACCAAAGUGUCCUGGUCCAGUCAGUGUCUGCGCUCCAGGAUCAAGCCAAGUCUCAGGGACUAAGCUUACGCAAUGCAACAUUUGUCACGCCUGAUGGACAGAGAGUGACCCUGCAAGCUGUGAAUGUCCACGGGAGCUCAGCCCAGGUCUUGGGUCUGGAUGAGGAUGAACAGAAGUAUACAAUACCUGUAGAGGAUGGGAGAAUGGUCAGCAUGGGUCAGCUGGACCAGAACCCAAGCAUGGGUCACCAAGGAGACGGCAUGGAUGAUGAGGAUGAAGAGGAGGAGGAAGAUGAGGAGGACAAUGAGGAUGUAGAUGCCCAAGCCCUGAUGGGCAAGUCUGAGGUCAGUCACCAGCCUGAAGGAGUGGACAGGCCCGUUGAAGGCACUGACAGGCAACACAUAUGUACGACCUGUCUGAAGGGCUUCAAACGAGCAGCUCACCUCAAGGAACACCUUCACACACAUGGAACUGGCCCUGUGCCCAAGAAGCCCAAGGCCACCCCACACAAGUGUAAUGUCUGCCUCAAGGCAUUCCAGAAGCCCAGCCAGGUGGAGCGUCACAUGCGCAUCCAUACAGGUGAGAGGCCCUAUAGAUGUGAAAUCUGUGACAAAGCUUUCAACCAGAAAAAUGCUCUGCAAGUUCACCUCCGUAAGCACAGUGGGGAGAAGCCUCACAUCUGCCCAUACUGCGACGCUUCCUUUGUGCAAAGUGGGAACCUAAAGACACACAUCAAAAGAGCUCACCACGCAGACAUGGUCAGCUCCAUGAAUAUCUCAAAGACAGAAGUGGAGUCCAGGCAGGACCUCGCCAAGAGCCACAUUGGGACAGGGCUGGGGGAGGAGCAGAGGGGGGGCAUGGAGGGAGAUGAUGUUGGGAGUGUAGUGGACGGUAUGGACCUUGGGGAAGAUGUAGAUUUAUUUGUGCAGCAAAUGGGUUGAGUGCAGCCCCAGUUGACAGAGAAUAUUCCAGAGUUCGUCACAUUCUCCAAGCUCUGCUAGGGGCAUGUCUGCAUACCAUACAACUAUAUUUGUAUGAUGAUGCUAAAUAGACGUCCAACGGUAACACUAAAUGGACUAGGAACAUGUUGCAGUGAAAUAAAGACUGGUCUUGUUGGGCUUAUAUCAGUAUUCAUUAUCAUAUUAUUACGUAACAUUGUAUUUAUAAGAUAUUUUGUUACUAUACUGUUCUAUCAUGUGUAUAUGGUUUAUAUAUACUUAAUGAACAUUCUAUCAGUGUGUACAUGUGUAAAUAUUGUUAUUUUAAAUGUGUACAAUGUACAUGGACAAGCAAAUAUGUGAUACCUCAGCAAACUGUGCUCUUAUAUGUCUCAGUGUUAUAAGUUGGUGAUCUCUUCACUAGACUAACACCACAAGAUGGCAGUGGGAUGACUGUACACAAUGUGUAUGCAACAUGCUGCCAAGAUUGCCCACGUCUCAUGUAAAUAAAACUAAAAAUUUUGUUAAUCAAAUUGUGCGCAUGUGAACAAAUGUGAACAAUAUUAUCAAAUGUACAAAUAUUUAUGUGAGCAGGACAUAAAGUGUUUGGGAGACUGUUGUGAGCCAAAAACUUUUGCAAUUAUGUAUCAAUCAAGAUAAUAAACUUAAUAUCUCCAUCAA